AGACAGCACGAAGCCAGAGAGGAUGACUCUGGCUAGCCAGCCAGAGAUCCUCCGGUCGACUCAAAGAGACCUUAACUUCAAAGCGUUGCUUAACUUCAAGUUCAUUGAAGCUCUAGAGCAACUUGUGAAGUAUAAUGUCAUCACUAAAUACGAAUAAGGAAAUUACUCUGGUGACAGAUAGCUUGUACUUCUACCUUACUACUGGAUCAGGAAUCAUGACGCUUGGAGAGGAGUACUGCCAGAUAGUCCCAAAGCAAAGCGAGAGGUAUUACAAUCCCAGUUUUAGUAAGAGAGUCCAGAUUAGAAAAAGAGUCAAAGCUUUGUUUUAUGUAACUUCAGUGUUUGUACCAUAUCUCUCAAGGAAGAUCUUUGAACCUUUGUACAGAAGGUGGCUUCAGAAGUGGCUGAAUGAGUCAGUUUCCACAACAAGUUCGUCCAGUUCUGAGAGCACUGGAGAUUUGAAGAAAUGAAAGAAUAUUCAAGAUUUAGAGAACUUUCGCCCAGGAUUUUGGAAGAUUUUAGUGAGAGUAUUACUAAGAAAUUUACACGCUGGAGAAAGUCUGAGUUGAAUCACAGAUUGGGUUCAGCAUGCACAUCUGGCUAUAUUCUUUAUUUUUGGACAUUACAAUGAAAUUGGGAGGAGAUUCAGCAGGUUGAAAUACUUCUAUGCACCCAAUAAAAAGAACUUCCAAACAAGAGUUCAAUACUCUUUGAUAGGCCGGAUAAUAAUGAUCCAGAUCUGCUUUGAUAUAAUGGUCUUUCUGUACAACAUGGCUGUACAAGCUUACAAGGCAUACAAAACAUAUCAGAAUGAACUCAGUGCUUAUAAGGCUCAAAAGCAGAUCUUGCUUCACAAACAAUACGAGUCUGAAAGUGAAGAAAGCGAAGAAACUGAAGAAGAUGAUGACGUCAAUGACGAAAACCAAUGCUCUCUCUGAUUUGGCCAGUGCGUUAGCCCUAGCAUCACUCAGUGAGGACAUCUGUUCUGCUGGGAUUGUGUCAUGAGAUCUCUAAAGAUCCGCGAAGAGUGACCAACCUGAAGAAAAGAAUGCCCUCCUCAGAAGGUGCUGAUGCUACAAAAUUUGUAGGGAAGUUCAACUCAGAA